AUGCCAUCCGCAGACCCACUUCAGAGAUUCAAGCGUAUUGGGGUCGUGGGUGCUGGUAACAUGGGCUCAAUGAUGACCUUUGCCUUCUCGGAGCUGGGGCUCGACGUCUCAGUCUGGGACGUCGAAAGGAAGAACGUCGAUCAGAUUAUAGAUUGGACCAAAAAAGCGAAAAACGUCAAAGGCAAGAUCGAGGGUUUCUACAAGAUCGAAGAGUUCACCAGGAGCCUUGAGGGUAAAUCAGAUCGAAAGCUAUUCAUCUUCUCUAUCACACACGGCCAGCCCGCUGACUCGGUUUUGAGCAUGAUGAAACCGGACUUGAAAAAGGGUGAUAUUAUUCUCGACGGAGGCAAUGAGAACUACCGUCGGACUGAACGGCGUCAAAAAGAGUGUGCGGCUAUUGGAGUCAGUUGGAUCGGAAUGGGGGUCUCUGGCGGAUAUCAGUCUGCACGGCAUGGACCCAGUCUGUCCCCUGGUGGAGAUGCCAAAGCGCUGGAGCUCGUCAUGCCUCUGCUGGAGAUGUAUGCCGCCAAGGACCGCAAGACCGGCACGCCGUGCGUGACGCGGGUCGGCCCGGGAGGCUCAGGGCAUUUUGUCAAGAUGAUCCAUAACGGCAUCGAGGGUGGCAUGUUGUCGGUGCUGGCUGAGGCGUGGUCCUUUAUGCACCACGGGCUGGGGAUGGACUACGACCAGAUUGGAAACGUCUUGAUCAAGUGGAAUGAAAGCGGCGAGCUGCGAAACAACUACCUCGUCCAGAUUGGCGCCGAUAUGUUGAAGAGAAAGAGAACCACCCAGGGCGACUACAAGGGCGAAGGUGCCAGCCGAGACGAUGGAUACGUGUUGGACGACGUCCUCGACAAAGUGGUGCAGGACGAUGAUGGCACCGAAGGUACACCUUUCUGGUCGAUCAUGGACUCUGCAGCACGCCAUGUGGCGUGCCCGACUCUUGCCGCGGCACAUUAUCUGCGAAUCGCAAGUGGCAAUCGCGAGGAGAGACUGCGCGCGUCCAAGAAGCUGCACAUGCCUAUUCCCAAGCCAAUUGAGAAAACUCAGGACUACAAGAGCGUGAUUGAGAAUCUCCGUUGCGCGGUUUAUUGUUCUUUUCUCGUGUCAUUUUGUCAGGGCCUGGAGCUGAUUGCUCGUGCGUCCGAGGACGAAGGCUGGGACAUUGAUCUCGGUCGGUGUCUGCAGAUAUGGCGCGCGGGCUGCAUCAUUCAGUCCGAGUACAUUGCUGACAUGUUGCAGCCCGCGCUGACGUCGAACAAGCGUCUCACCAACAUGAAGUUCGUGGAUGAGGUGGCCCGCGAACUGCACAAGAACUUUGAUGCGCUAAAGGAGACCGUCAUUGAGGCAACCCUAUCGGAUCAGUAUAUUCCCGCCAUCUCGGCGAGCUUGGAGUAUCUCAAGUAUGAGGGGAGCAUGGCACUGCCGACCAAGUUCAUGGAGGGCCAAUUGGACUACUUUGGUGCCCAUGCCUACAACAAGCCGGGCAUUCCUGGUGAAGAUCCGGGUCCAGUCAAGAAAGGGCCACAUCAUUACGAGUGGAGGCCUGCGUAA